AGUGCCAGGAGGGUAGACUACACAGAGCAGCCAAAGCUCUUGAAGCUUAUGCAGACCUGUCUUGAAGAACACCACAGCUAUUGUAUCAACGGACUCUGUGCUUUCCACAGCGAACUGAGGAAACCCAUAUGCAAGUGCCUUGCAGGUUAUAAUGGAGAGAGGUGUGAACAUUUAACACUAAAUUCGUAUGCACAUAACUCUUACGAACGCUACAUUGCAGUGGGAAUUGGUGUAGGAAUACUGACAAGUGGGAUACUUGCUGUCAUCUACUACUACGUAAGAAAGAGAUGCAGGAAAUUGAAAUCGCCCUACAAAGUCUGCAUGGGCGAGACGGCAUUGUGAAUACCUGGCGUUGGGACACUUACCAAUCUGCCUGUAAAGAAGAGGAAGGAAGUUCUGCUGGGAAGGCCACCCCGCGCCCUCUGGCAGGUACUCCAGCCUCGCUGAUGAGAUGAAUUAAAGGGAGUGACAGAGAGAGUACAUAAAAGGAACUCCUGCGGAACUGACAGGCUCCCUUCACUCUUGAAGAAAGACUUCCUCUUUUUAGUAAAGGUUGCUAGAU